AUGCGAACAGUAACAACAUCUCUUGGUCAAUGCACGAAUCUUCAGCUUCUUGAUCUCAGCAGUAACAACAUCUCUGGAACCAUACCUGAAGAACUCUUUGACAUUGAAAAUCUAGACAUUGCCUUAAAUUUGAGCUGGAACUCAUUAGAUGGCUUCAUCCCGGCGAGGAUCUCAGCUCUUAACCGAUUAUCCGUGCUGGAUAUAUCGUACAACAUGCUUUCAGGCCACCUCUUUUCCCUGUCCGGUCUUAAAAACUUGGUUUCUUUGAACAUCUCUCACAACAGAUUCUCAGGUUACCUUCCAGACAGUAAAGUGUUCAGACAGAUGAUAGAAGAAGAGAUGGAAGGGAAUAAUGGACUCUGUUCCAAAGGCUUCAGGUCUUGUUUUUUCAGUAAUGGUACACGGCUAAGCACACAACCUGGUGAAGAUUUUGUGCACUCUCAAGUACUCAAGAUAGCCAUUGGAUUGCUAAUCAGUUUGACAGCGAAUAAUGGACUCUCUGUAUUAGGCAUGUUAGCGGUUUUAAGGGUGAAACUCAACUUCACGGUUGAACAUGUACUCAAGUGUUUGGUAGAAAGUAAUGUUAUAGGGAAAGGUUGCUCUCGAGUAGUGUACAGAGCAGAAAUGCCUAACCAAGAAGUCAUCGCAGUGAAAAAGCUCUGGCCAGUGACAUCAACAGUUACUAAGACAUCAGGAGUUCCAGACUCAUUCUCAGCUGAAUUCAAGACACUUGGUUCUAUCAGACACAAGAACAUAGUCAGGUUCUUGGGAUGUUGUUGGAACAAGAACACGAGACUUCUUAUGUAUGAUUAUAUGUCGAAUGGGAAUUUGGAAAGUUUGCUGCACGAGAGGAGUGGUGAAUGUAGCUUAGGAUGGGAGGUUAGGUACAGGAUUAUACUUGUUGAAGCUCAGGGUCUGGCUUACUUACAUCAUGACUGUGUUCCUCCCAUUGUUCAUAGAGACAUCAAGGCUAAUAAUAUUCUCAUUGGUCCUGAUUUGGAGCCUUAUAUUGGAGAUUUUGGUCUUGCUAAGCUUGUUGACGAUGGAGACUUUGCUCGUUCUUCCAAAAAAAUUGCUGGUUCCUAUGGUUACAUAACUCCAGAAUAUGGAUAUUGAUUGAACAUAAGAGAGAAAAGUGACGUAUAUAGCUAUGGAGUCGUGGUACUAGAGGUACUAAUGGGGAAGCAACAUAUCGAUCCAACAAUACAAGACGGACUACACAUAGUAGACUGGGUCAAGAAGAUGAGGGAUAUACAAGUAAUCGACAGAGGAUUGCUAGCGAGACCAGAGUGUGAGGUUGAAGAGAUGAUGCAGACCCUAGGAGUUGUACUUCUCUGCGUUAACCCAAUGCCUGAAGACAGGCCCACAAUGAGAGAUGUGGCUGCUAUGCUUAGUGAGAUACGUCAAGAAAGAGAGGAGUCAACGAAAGGUGUUGAGAAUAAUGGUUGCUCGGGAAGCUGUAACAACAAUGGAGGACAACGAAUAAAUGAUUCUUCACCUUCCUCUGCUGUGCAGCUAACGGCUAAGUAUUUGAGAAACAGUAGUAAGAGUUUCUCUGCGUCGUCUUUGAUGUACUCUUCUUUCUACUACUACUUGUAA